AUGACCGCCCAAACAGACAAUGCGGAUUCCGAUGACAACCACGAAGGCGACCAUCUUACUGUUAUGGGGCUUGGGUGGUUUUGGAAAUCAUGGAGAGAUGGAGUGAUGGACUUAGAGAUGCAGAGAAUGAAUGUAGCUUCGGUGUGUUUCAAAGGUGAUAGGCAGGUUGAUUACUUUGAGCUCUCAAUGAUCGUACCAGAAGUAGGCAGUGUUCAAACGCAGAAACUUUGCCAGGAUGAUGAGCGCUCUGCCUUGUUGCAAUUCAAAGCUAGUUUCACUAUAGACAAGUCUGUUUCCCAAGAUCCCUUUGCUUAUCCUAAAGUUGCAUCCUGGGGUAGGCUAGAAGGAGAUCCUCAAAGGAGUAACUGUUGUUCAUGGGAUGGUGUUGAAUGCAACGACGUAUCUGGCCAUGUUAUUGGUCUUGACCUUGCCAGCAGCUAUCUUCAUGGUUCCAUCAACUCCAAUAGCAGUCUUUUUCAACUUGUUCAGUUGCAGAGGCUUGACCUCUCUGACAAUAACUUUAGCUUCUCUCAAAUACCAUCCAGAUUAGGCAAUGAUCUUACUAGUCUAACAUAUCUCAACCUUUCAAUGUCUUCAUUUUCUGGCCAAAUUCCAUCAGAAAUUUCAUAUCUAUCCAAGCUGUCUGCCCUUGAUCUGACUUCUGAUUAUAUGUUGGCACUUGAAAAGGCCAACUUCAGAAGUCUAAUUCAAAAUUUAACAGACAUAAAACAGCUUCAUCUUAGUAAGGUCUCUAUACUCUCCUCAGUGCCUAAUACACUGGUGAAUAUGUCUUCUCUCACAUCUCUCCGUCUUCAAGCAUGUAACUUGGAGGGAGAAUUCCCAGUAGGCAUUUUCCACCUACCAAACUUGCAAGUACUUGAUUUGGCCUAUAACGAUAAUCUUACCGGUUAUUUUCCUGAUUACCUUAACAGGAGCAGUCCCUUGAAGAUAUUGAAUUUGCAGUCAACCAAUUUCUCUGGUCAUCUACCUGCUUCAAUCGGAGACCUAAAUGCCUUAAAUUUGUUGAACAUUUCAUCCUGUCACUUUUAUCCCCAUGUUCCAUCUUCACUUUCCAACCUUACCCAGCUCAAUUUCCUAGAUCUUUCUUCCUUUUAUGACUAUAGUUAUCAACCUGACCUUCCAACAAUCCAUACUUUCGGUGGCCAAGUUUCAAAUUCCUGGUCUUGGGUUGGAAAGCUGACAAAUCUCAACCACUUGGUCCUUGUGGAUACCAACUUAAGGGGAGAUUUGCCAUGUUCUUUGGCAAAUCUGACUCAACUUUUGGAAUUAGACUUGAGCCAGAAUCACAUAACAGGUGAAAUCCCAUGUUGUUUGGCUCAUCUGACACAACUUUUCAAAUUAGACUUGGGCCACAAUCAAAUAACUGGUCAAAUCCCAUCUUGCCUUAUGCUUUUGACCCAAUUAACUUUGUUAGAUGUACGAUUCAACAAUCUCCAAGGAGCAAUUCCCAGGUCACUGUUACAGCUUAAAAGUCUUGAAUAUAUUUUCCUCAACUCAAAUAACUUGAGUGGAUAUGUUCAAUUCGAUGAGUUUUCCAAGCUCAAAAGGUUGAGGGGACUUCGUUUGUCGCUCAACAAGUUAUCUGUGCAGAUCAAAACUGGAUUUACUGCUAUUCUUCCAAAGCUUAAUUUACUAGAAUUGGGUUCAUGCAACUUGACAGAGUUUCCGGAAUUUUUGAAAUUCAGUAGUGAACUGAUGCAUCUAGAUCUAUCUGACAACAAUCUUCAUGGCCAAAUACCAAAAUGGAUGUGGAAUUCAACUAGUGAAACGUUGAGAUACCUCAACCUCUCUCACAACCACUUAACUGGAUUUGAAGAAAAUUCGAUCAUGAUUCCAUGGCAUCGGUUAAGCUCUUUACAGCUAGACUCUAACAUGUUACGAGGAUCACUGCCAAUUCCAGGGCUGUCAAUGGCAGUCUAUUCUGUUUCAAACAAUGAAUAUGAAGGAGAAAUUCCAGCAACAUUCUGUAAUGCGGGGACGCUAACUAUUCUUGAUUUGUCUAACAACAACCUGAAUGGCAUGAUUCCUCAAUGUUUUGAGAAUUUCGGAGCUCUUCAGAUAUUGAAACUGCGGAACAAUUCUUUUCACGGAGAUAUUCCUCAAAUAUGUUCAAACAGAUGUACGGAGUUGGCAGCGAUUGACUUGAGUUAUAAUCAGCUACAAGGGAAGCUACCAAGAUCAAUUGCUAAUUGUCCUCAGUUGAUGUUUCUUAAUUUGGGAAAUAAUCAGAUCAGUGAUACCUUCCCCUCUUGGUUAGGAGUGCUUCAACAGUUAAAAAUUCUCAUUUUGCGGUCCAAUAUAUUUCAUGGCAUAAUUGGAAAGCCUGCAAGUAGCCAUGAGUUCCCUAAGCUGUCCAUCAUUGAUUUAUCUAGCAAUGAUUUUUCAGGUCUGUUGCCCUCCAACUACUUAGAGAACUGGAAUGCCAUGAAAUUUGUUGAUGAAAACGAGCAAAUAUACGUCCAAUCCGCUGUCAUCUUCGGGAUGUAUCCAGACACGUUCCACUAUGAUUACCCGAUUACAGUUUUUAGCAAAGGUAUUCAAUUGAAGUAUUUCAAGACCCCUUAUCUUCUGAGACUCAUAGACCUCUCAAGUAACAAAUUUGAAGGAGAGAUUCCAGGUAUCAUUGGGAAUCUAACAGGGCUUCAUUUGCUCAAUCUUUGCAACAACACUCUCACUGGUCCCAUCCCCUCAUCUUUGGGGAACUUGACUGCUCUUGAAUCAUUGGAUCUCUCCCUAAAUCAGCUCUCAGGAAAGAUCCCCGGUGAUCUAGCACAACUGACAUUCCUUGCAUACUUCAAUGUAUCCCACAAUCGUCUCUAUGGUUCAAUCCCACAAGGUCGACAGUUUGAUACAUUCCAAGAGGAUAUGUACCGAGGAAACUCAGGUUUGUGUGGAAAACCUUUGUCAAAGAAAUGUGAGGAUUCUGAGAGCGCAACACCACAAACAAACUUUCAACAAGACCAAGACUCUGGGUUUCAAAUUGAGCUAGAUUGGUUUGUGGUGCUGCCAGGAGUUGUUACUGGUCUAAUAGUUGGAGUGGUUGGGGAAAACUUUUGGACAGCCAAGAAGCAUGAUUGGUUUAUAAAGGCAUUCAGCAGGAGGAGGGAGCCGAGAAGCACAAGGCGGAGGAGGGGACUCAGAACUUAG